CGACCGGCGAAAAAUGGCGGUAGAGGGGAGAGGAAUCCGUGCUUGAAGUGGUGGAGCUCCUAGGGCUAUUUUCGAGAGUGCCAACGUGGAAAAGUACAAACAAUGGCUGACAAUAGUGUAUUAACAUCCACCACUGGGAGGACUAGCUUGGCAGACUCUUCCAUUUUUGAUUCUAAAGUUACUGAAACUUCCAAGGAAAACUUAUUUACUGGAUCUACUUCAUGUGUUGAAGAAGAAAUGCCUCAGAUUGAAACGAGGAUGAUCUUGGUUCAGGAAGCUGGAAAACAUGAAGAACUUAUAAAAGCCAUGAAGACUAUUAAAAUAAUGGAAGUUCCUGUUAUAAAGAUAGAAAGUUGUCCUGGAAAAUCGGAUGAAAAAUUAAUAAAAAGUGUUAUUAAUAUGGAAAUUAAAGUACCCUUUGUAAAGAUGAAAUCAAUAGAACAAUUUGAAGGUUUGGAUUCUCCAGAAUUUGAAAAUGUAUUCAUAGUCAUGGACUUCCAGGAUUCUGUCUUUAAUGACUUAUACAAGGCUGACUGUAGAGUUAUUGGACCACCGGUGGUAUUUAAUUGUGCUCAAAAAGGAGAGCCUUUGCCAUUUUCAUGUCGUCCGCUCUAUUGUACAAGUAUGAUGAAUCUAGUACUAUGCUUUACAGGAUUCAGGAAGAAAGAAGAACUAGUCAGAUUGGUGACAUUGGUCCAUCACAUGGGUGGAGUUAUUCGAAAAGACUUUAAUUCAAAAGUUACACAUUUGGUGGCAAAUUGUACUCAAGGAGAAAAAUGUAGGGUUGCUGUGAGCCUGGGCACUCCUAUUAUGAAGCCAGAAUGGAUUUAUAAAGCUUGGGAAAGGAGGAAUGAACAGGAUUUCUGUGCAGCAGUUGAUGACUUUCAAAAUGAAUUUAAAGUUCCUCCAUUUCAAGACUGUGUUUUAAGUUUCCUGGGAUUUUCAGAUGAAGAGAAAACUAAUAUGGAAGAAAUGACUGAAAUGCAAGGAGGUAACUGUUUACCAGUUGGAGAUGAAAGAUGUACUCACCUUAUUGUUGAAGAGAAUAUAGUAAAAGAACUUCCGUUUGAACCUUUGGAGAAACUUUAUGUUGUUAAGCAAGAGUGGUUCUGGGGAAGCAUUCAAAUGGAUGCCCGAGCUGGAGAAACUAUGUAUUUAUAUGAAAAGGCUAAUACUCCUGAGCUCAAGAAAUCAGUGUCACUGCUUUCUCUACAUACUCCAAAUAGCAAUCGAAAGAGGCGUCGUUUAAAAGAGACACUUGCUCAGCUGUCAAGAGAGACAGACAUGUCACCAUUCCCUCCCCGUAAGCGCCCAUCAGCGGAACAUUCCCUUUCUAUUGGGUCACUCUUAGAUAUCUCCAAUACACCAGAGUCUAGCAUUAAUUAUGGAGAAACACCAAAGUCUUGUACAAAAUCUUCUAAAAAUUCUACUCCAGUUCCUCAAAAGCAGUCAGCUAGGUGGCAAGUUGCAAAAGAACUCUAUCAGACUGAAAGUAAUUAUGUAAAUAUAUUAGCGACAAUUAUUCAGUUAUUUCAGGUUCCCUUAGAAGAAGAAGGACAACGUGGUGGGCCUAUCCUUGCACCUGAGGAGAUAAAGACCAUUUUUGGUAGCAUUCCGGAUAUCUUUGAUGUGCACACUAAGAUAAAGGAUGAUCUUGAAGACCUUAUUAUUAAUUGGGAUGAGAGCAAAAGCAUUGGUGACAUCUUUCUUAAAUAUUCAAAGGAUUUGGUUAGAAUCUACCCUCCCUUUGUAAACUUCUUUGAAAUGAGCAAGGAAACAAUUAUUAAAUGUGAAAAACAGAAACCAAGAUUUCAUGCUUUUCUGAAGAUAAACCAAGCGAAACCAGAAUGUGGACGCCAAAGCCUAGUUGAACUUCUCAUCCGACCAGUACAGAGGUUACCCAGUGUAGCACUACUUUUAAACGAUCUUAAGAAGCAUACAGUUGAUGAAAAUCCUGACAAAAGCACUCUAGAAAAAGCUAUUGGAUCACUAAAGGAAGUAAUGACGCAUAUUAAUGAGGAUAAGAGAAAAACAGAAGCUCAAAAGCAAAUUUUUGAUGUUGUUUACGAAGUAGAUGGAUGUCCGGCUAAUCUUUUGUCUUCUCACCGAAGCUUAGUACAACGAGUUGAGACAAUUUCUCUCGGUGAGCACCCCUGUGACAGAGGAGAACAAGUAACUCUCUUCCUCUUUAAUGACUGUCUGGAGAUAGCAAGGAAACGACACAAGGUUAUUGGCACUUUUAGGAGUCCUCACGGCCAGACCCGACCUCCAGCUUCUCUUAAGCAUAUUCAUCUAAUGCCUCUUUCUCAAAUUAAGAAGGUGCUGAACAUAAGAGAGACAGAAGAUUGCCAUAAUGCUUUUGCCUUGCUUGUGAGACCACCAACAGAGCAGGCAAAUGUGCUGCUCAGUUUCCAGAUGACAUCAGAGGAACUCCCAAAAGAAAACUGGCUAAAGAUGCUUUGUCGACACGUAGCGAACACCAUUUGUAAAGCAGAUGCUGAGAAUCUUAUUUACAUGGCUGAUCCAGAAUCCUUUGAAGUAAAUACAAAAGAUAUGGACAGUACAUUGAGUAAAGCAUCUAGAGCAAUAAAAAAGACUUCCAAAAAGGUUACAAGAGCAUUCUCUUUUUCCAAAACUCCAAAAAGAGCUCUACGAAGGGCUCUUAUGACAUCCCUUAGCUCAGUGGAGGGAAGAAGUCCUCCCAGCAGUGACAAACAUGUAAUGAGUCGCCUGUCUAGCACAUCAUCAUUAGCAGGUAUACCAUCUCCCUCCCUUGUCAGCCUCCCAUCUUUCUUUGAAAGAAGAAGUCAUACUUUAAGUAGAUCUACAACUCAUUUGAUAUGAAGCUUAAAAAAAUGAAAUUAGAGAAACUCACAAACACCUCAUAUGUGAACAAGAAACUAACUUAUAUGGUACUUUUCCUUAGCACUUGGUGGAAACUGAAAAGAAGAUAGGUAACACUAAACUAUGCCAUUUGAUUUUCGUUUUGAAAGAAUAAGUUUACUCAUGUAAAAAUAUCAAGUUUCAUGUAAUUUAUUUCUUGGCUCAAAUUCCUAAUACAAAGACCAAGAAUUUAAGUUAUUCAUAACCUCAGUAGCUUUGUGCCCCUGAUACAGUAAAUACUUUUUUUGGUAGUUGCCACAUACUUCUGUGAAUCUAUUUGUAUAGUAUCUGUGAAUGAAUUUAUGGAAACACAUCUUUGUGUAUCUCAAUUUGUACAGAAAUUAAGUGAUCUCACAAUACUUAAUGGAUAAAAGCCUACAUAAAUUCCUGAUUAAAUAGCGGGGCCUUGUAUCACAUGUGAUAUUUGAAGUAGUUAUUUAACUUCUGUGUUCACAUAGUAUUUUUCUUCUCGAAUUAUUCCAAGAUCUAGCAUAUGCAUUUAAAAAGCUUUGCCCCUGUUAACAAGAAUAACAUUUAAAGGACAUUAUUUAAAAAUACUUUUACAAAUUGAGAUAAGGACAGAAAAAUUUAAAAAUAUUGUAUAUUUUGCACAAACCUAGUAUUGGUAUAUACUUAUAGUUGUUUCAGAGACAAAAUGUUUGUGGUAAUUAUUAGCCACAAGCAAAAAUAUUUUGAAGGAUAAGACGAUGAGAAAAUUGUGAUAAAGAUUGUUUAUAUUCUCUAUGAAAUAAUUCUAAAGUUGCCGUCAGUUUUUCUAAUCUGUGAAAUGCAUAGAAAUGUGUGUGGUCAACUUCUUAUUGUCACAAUUAAAUGUAAUAUUGAAAUACGUUUAUUUGCUGUUGUGAAGUAUUUUUCAAGCUCCGAUGUUAUCUUUCACAAUAGUCUUUUUUUUUAUAGUCAGUAAUACAAAAUAACUUUUUCUGAAAAAUGCAUUUUUCCUACCUGUUUAGGGAGUAGUGCAAACAUUUAAUUGCCAUUUAACAAUUUUCAAUAAUCUGUUUUAAUAGUUAAACUGACUAUGUAGAUUUUUUUAUGCUAUGUAUGUACCACUUUUGAGGAUAGUA